UGUACGAUGAGCCCGAGUUGUGGAAGGCAAUAUUCCGACAUUAUCCAAAGCCAAAGUAUUCGUACAGGUUUUUCAAUAUUUCCUUACAGACCCAUCGAUAUCCAUGCCUCGAGGCUUGCUCAAUUGAGGCGUAUCAUGCGAUCAACAAUAGUCAGUAGCAUGCAGCUGCAGCAUGCCAGGCAAACUUGUGCCUUCCUGUAGACCUCGAUCAGUGCGAAAAGACCGCAUCGCGAACCUCACUUCCUGAAACCCGCCUCCUCCAAAGUAGCCCACCCAUGACGGAACUUCAAGUUGCACCCAAAGACAACUUAACAUCUCAAAUUUAUGAGGCCUUGAAAACCGGAUAUCCAUGUACAUCUGGAUCCUUUGGCGUGGUUUAUCGAUGUACAAUCAAGGCCAGCGACGGCCCAAUAGAGGUCGCAGUGAAGGUGUUCAAGGUUGAUCCUGGGAGAGGGAUAGAGAAGAAUGAAAAAGCAACACGUCGGGAACUCAUGGUGUGGCUUAGGCUGAAUGACCCAACUAUUGUGCCACUACUUGGCAUCGCAUACAUCGAGCCUCCGUUUCCAGCUCUCGUUUCUCGAUGGAUGCCAUCUGGGACAUUAUAUACCUACAUCGAGGAAGCUACCACCCUCUCCACUUCCGGUAGAGUUGCCUUGGCCAAGGGUGUUGCUGAUGGCCUCAUGUAUUUGCACUCAGAGAAUGUCAUUCACGGAGACCUUCAUCCCGGGAAUGUGCUCAUAGAUGGCUCAGGGAAUCCACGUCUGACAGAUUUCGGUCUCGCAACAGUCGUAGGGGACGCAGAGUUACAGUUGUCCUCAACGACCGCAUCCCGCGCUUUGGAUCCUCGAUGGCGUGCACCUGAAGUCAUUGGAAUGGAUCAUGAAUAUGACCCUGGACGACCGACUUUCAAGAGUGAUAUCUAUUCUUUUGGUGGUCUCAUGUUUUUUGUGAUCUCGGGGGAUGUACCAUGGAAAGAGAAGAAGCCACAUCAAAUUUACAUUGAGCUGUGGAAAAGAGCCAACCCUGCACGUCCCGACAACAUCCUUGACGAUUACUGGGACUUGAUUCAAAGAUGCUGGUAUUGGGACCCAGGGGAUCGCCCGAAAGCUGUAGAAGUCUUUGAAUGCAUCGCAACGAAAAUCACCACCACUUUGGGAAAGACUGAGAUGGCUGAAAGCACUAUCCGGACCACCCCUCCUGAGAUGGCUGACAGGUGCAUAGACUUCAGAUGCCGUCUGCGUCGUAUUUUUCUAAUUACAGACGCUGCAUAGCACUAUUCAAACCACCGCUCCUAAAAUCGCUUCAAGGACCAAGCAUGACACGACUUUUAGCAAUAACCCCGCACCGGAAGGAGUGCAAG